AUGUUUAAGUUUAAGUGUACUGAGUGUAAACGAAAUUUUAAAAUUGAAACUAAUUUCAAUAAACAUGUUGAAAAGUGUCAAUCUGUAGUUUCUUUUGGACUCACCAAUUAUCAAUCAUUCAUUCUACAAAAAAGUGCAUUCAAACAGUUUUUAUUAUUCUUCAUUCUUCAAAAUAUUGAUUCAAAGGAUCCAGAGUGUUUAUUCACAGAGAAAUCAAAGGAUUUUGAAAGUUUAUUAAAAUACGUUCAUGAAAAUAUUGGAAUAUUCAAGUUUCAAAUAUGUCUUCAGAUUGAAUUUGUUAAACCAGAUGGAAGUGAAAUCAUCACAUAUCUUUGUUCAGCAAUGAAAACAGUAAUGAGGAUUGAACAAAUUGAAGAUUUUCUACUAGAAUGUAAACAGGAAAUGAAUGGACGAAUCGAUACAUUUACUCAUCUUGGAAGUGGUUGGAUUAUCGAUAAAAUUCUUGUAGUUGAAGUACGUAUAUCUAAAUACAUACCUUACACAGGUGGAUGUUUUACACGGACUUUACCAAAUUGGAUUCAAAAUAAAGGUGCUAUAAUAUCUCCAAAAUGUGAAAAAGAUUGUUUCAUGUGGUGUGUACUUAUUGGUCUUCAUCAACCUCAGAUUCAUCCAGAGCGAUUGAGUCAUUAUAAGAAGUUCAUGGACAACUACAACUUUAACAGUGUACGUGGAUUAGUGAAAAUAGAUGAAAUAUCGAAAUUUGAGAGAGCCAAUCAUAUAUCAAUUCACGUUUAUUCUCUUGACAUUGACCAACAUGACAUAAUACCAUUGAAGUUGAGUGAUUAUCAGUUUGAUAUAAACUUGAAACUGUUUUAUCAUCGAGAGCAUUAUUUUUAUAUUAAAAACUUCGAUCGUCUUCUGAAUACUCGAAAUUUUUCAACAUAUAAUUGUUAUAAGUGCCUUCAAAGGUUUUACUCCGAAGAUAAAUUGAACAAACAUUUGUCAUCAUGUUGUUCUCAACAACGUAUUGAGUUGCCUGAUGAAUUUCAACGGAUUAGAUUUACAAAAUACGAAGCUUUACAAAAACAACCUUUCAUUAUAUAUGCUGAUUUUGAAACCUUAGCUAAACCAAUGGAGUUUGACAACAAUAAAAAUACAUUUGAGUAUCAAAACCAUGUAGCAACAAGUUAUGGUUUUGUUGUUGUGAAUUGGAAACAAGAUAUCAUUUUUUCUUCGUUCUAUCGUGGUCAAAAAGCCAUUGAUAAGUUCUUCGAAGAAAUUUUAACCAUUCCACCAUUACUUUAUACGAUUUAUCGAGAAAAUAUACUUCCACUUCAAACAUCUACUAACCAAGACGAGUUCAUUAAAAAUUCUGAAAAAUGUUGGAUAUGUGAGAACAAAUUUACUGAGGAAAGUAUUCGUGUCCGUGAUCACGAUCAUCUCACCGGUGAAUUACGUGGAGCUGCUCACCAAUUUUGUAAUUUAGGUUUGAAGUGGAACUAUAAAAUACCAAUUGUUUUCCAUAAUUUGAAGAAUUUUGACGCUCAUCUCUUAAUACAAGGAGUAAAUAAUACUAAUACUUUUAAAAUUCAAGUUAUUCCACAUACAAUGGAAAAAUAUUCAGCGAUUUUCAUGAACAAUUUCGUUUUUAUUGACUCAUAUGCUUUCUUAGCAUCAAGUCUUGAUACUCUUUCAUCUAAUUUGGAUGAUGAAAUUAAGAAGAAAUAUCUAAUUACACAAUUCCCUUCAAACAAAAUUAAUAAUCUAAUGAAAAAAGGUGCAUUGCCAUAUGAAUAUAUUGAUGAUUGGUCAAAGUUUGAAGAAACAUCCUUACCAAAUAUUGAUAAGUUUUAUUCGACUUUAACUGGAAAAUCCAUUGACCAUGAAUUAUACAACAGAUUACUAUCAAUAUGGGAUGAGUAUGAUUGUCGAAAUCUUGGUGAUUUUCAAGAUAUUUAUCUUAAAGUUGAUGUCUUACUUCUUGCUGCUGUAUUUGAAACAUUUCGUCAAAGUUGUAAAGAAGAAUUUAGUCUUGAUCCAUCACAUUUCUGUUCAAUUCCUGGUCUAUCAUGGGAAGCAGCUUUAAGAAAAACUAAUGUAAAGUUACAUCUAUUAACGGAUAUUGACAUGGUGACCCUCGUUGAAAAAGGUAUACGUGGAGGUGUGUCUUGUGUUAUGUCUCACCAUGUUAAAGCAAAUAACAAAAACUCACCAAAUCAUAACCCUGAUGAACCGAACUCAUAUAUCACAUAUCUGGAUGUAAAUAAUCUUUACGGAUGGGCAUUAUCACAAAAAUUACCUACACAUAACUUCAAAUGGGUUGAUGUAGAAAGAUUUGAUGAAAUAUUAAAUAGAAUAAUGAGUAACGAUGAAGAAAAAGGUUACAUAUUGGAAGUAGACCUAAUUUACCCCGAACAUCUACAUGAUGAACACGAUGAUUAUCCAUUAGCCCCUGACAAGGUAAAAAUAGAUGAAAGCCAAUUGAGCCCAUAUCAACAUAAACAACUGGAAAAUUUAAUAAAUAAAGGUGGAAAAAGAAUACCUGGUGAAAAAUUGAUUCCAAAUUUAAUGGACAAGCGAAAGUAUGUUAUCCACUACAAAACUCUACGUUAUUAUUUAUCAAAGGGUAUGGAACUUAAAACGAUCCAUCGCAUAAUCGAAUUCAAUGAAUCUGCCUGGUUAGCAUCAUACAUCAUGAUGUGUACGAACAAACGACAACAAGCUAAGAAUACAUUUGAAAAAGACUUAUACAAAUUGAUGGUCAAUUCGUUGUAUGGAAAAAGUAUUGAAGAUAAAAGGAAACAUCAAAAAGUGAAAAUUGUGUUGAAUCGAAAAAUGGUACAAAAAUAUACAAGAAAUCCGUUAUUCGAUAAUUUCAUGAUCCUCGAUCAAGAUAAAGCCAUCCUAAAAGUAAGAAACAAUACAGUGGUCUUAGAUAAACCUAUUUUUCUAGGAUUUGCAGUAUUGGAAUAUGCGAAACUCAAGAUGUAUCAGUUACAUUACGACACAUUUAAGUCAUUCUAUGGAAAAAAUAUAAAACUCGUAUAUACAGAUACGGAUUCAUUCAUAUAUCACAUAUUUACUGAUGACUUUUACAAAGAUCUGGAGUCCUUCAAAGAUAUAAUGGAUUUUUGUGACUACCCUAAAGAUCAUCCUCUCCAAUCAAACUGUCAUAAAAAGAUGCUUGGUUAUCUUAAAGAUGAAAUGAAUGGGAAAUCGAUUCAUGAAGUUAUAGCAAUCAAACCUAAAAUGUAUGUGAUUGUGAGUGAUGAAGGAGAAAAGAAAACCGCUAAAGGUGUACAAAAAGCUGUAUUAAAAAAAGAAAUAACUAAAGAGAAUUAUAUAGAUUGUCUAUAUAAUCUAACUACUUAUAAACACACAAUGCACAGAUUGCAAAGUAAACAACAUGAAAUCUAUGCAGUUGAAACAAAGAAAACAACACUAUCACCUCUGGACGACAAGCGAUGGUCAAUCAAUGCUAUUGAUACUUAUGCUUUUGGCAAUCAUAAUAUAAUGGAGAUUGAUUAA